CGUGACCCGGAGCCGUUUCGAAUCCGUUUCAAAUUCAAAUUCAAAGCCCCGACCCCCCAAUGGAGCGGUUCGGUCGGUGGAAGCGGCAGCGCCUGAGCGGCGCCGACCUGAGCAGGAAAGGCGCGGUGGACCAGGAGAUCAGCCACGUCGUGGGCUUCGUCAACGGCUCGGAGCAAUUCUUCACCACCAGCUCGUGCUCCGGCCGCACGCUCUUAAUCGACUCGGGCCCAAACGUUACCAAAGUACAGAAACAGGCCUGCUCCUGGCUGUUUGUAACUCACCAGAAGUGUCGGAAAGAAGAUGUGGUCACAGGGCUCCAGAAAACGUGCAAUGAUGCAGUAUUUAAAUUUGAACCAUUUGUUCUACAUGUUCAGUGCAGACAAUUGGAAGAUGCACAGCUGUUGCACUCUGUGGCCAUUAAUGCUGGCUUCAGGAACUCUGGAAUCACAGUUGGCAAGAAAGGAAAAAUAAUGAUGGCUGUCCGGAGCACUCAUUGCCUGGAGGUUCCUUUGUGUCAUAAAGGCAGAUUGCUGGUGAAUGAUGAAUACAUUGAUUACCUUGUGCAAGUAGCAAAUCAGAAAAUGGAGGAAAACCAAAGAAGGAUAGAAAGGUUUCAUGUUUGUCUACAAUCUGCCUUGAGUGCUGCCAAUCAUGCUAAACAGCCUGGCCUAGAAGAGAAUAAAGUUGCGUAUGUUAAUACUUCCAGGAGGAGAAAGGAAAAUGAAAAAGUGGAAAAAAAUGAAAAGAUGGACAAUGAUGCAGAUGAUGAAAUCGACCUGGGAUUUUUGAUGAGUUGCUCAUGAUCUUAACUUUUUUUUAUAAUAAAAUAACCAGGGAAUCCCUGCCUAUGACAUGAAAAUCUACAAGAGCAGAUACCAAUAUAAAUUAACAGUUUGUAUUCAUGUUAUCCUAUUUUACUGGUGGUCAGCCACUAUGUUGUGUAAAUAUUAAUUUAUUUUAAGCACAGAAUUUACAGAGAAACAUUAAAUAUGAAAAUGGUACACUUUUGAAAUGCUAUUUUAGAAAGUUUUUUGUGUAUUUUGCAACCAAAUAAUACAAGUUGUAGCAAAUAGCAUACCAGCAAGUAUCUGCAAUUCUGAUUUUCAAACUUCAGAACUUUCAGACACUAUAUUUAAUGAAGGGAGCAACAGCCUAGUGGGUGGUAAAUGUUACUUUUCAACCUGAUGUUCUGUUUUACAUUAAAGCCACAUUUGUUUUUGUUUACAGUUCUGUAAUGGUUUCUUAGUUUUGCAUAAAGUUUGCCAGAGUUUUGAUGGUCUAUUAAAAUUCAACAGUACAAACUUUCUUCCUGUUUGAAUUAAGCCAGAAAAGUUUACAGCCCAGAUGAGGAUGUCCAUCAUGUCCAUUGACUCCCUCGAGCAAUCCUUUCAGUCCUGUUUACCUGACCUUUCCCAUACCCCUGUAGCUGAUUCUUCUUAAGGUAUCUGCCCUGUUGAAGGCCAAUAUGGAUUCCGUCUAAGCCACUGCUCCCUGAAGGGCAUUGCAUAUCCUAAGUGGAAAACCUUUUUUGACUUGCCCAUUAUCUUAAAUUUGUGCCCUUUAGCUACUGACUCAUUGAUCAGUGGAAAUAAUUUCUCCCUAUUGACUUUUAUCAAAACCCCUCAUAACUAUCAGGUCACCCCUUGACCUUUUUUGUUCUAGAAUUAUGAGGGUAAUUGGGCAUUUACAUUGGAACUCUCAUUCUAUGGAAACUCGAUGUAGAAGAAACGCAUUCCCAGCAUCACUGUAUUUGAUUCUUACAGUUUAUAACAUGAAAUUUAUUUUGCAACAGGUGGUUUGUAGGUUUCUAUAUCAUGUCAAAGUACAAUACCUGAAAGGUGCUGCAUUUUAAUGGUUCUGUUAAGCCAGUAGGUGGUGCGGUUCUACAUCAGUCCAACUAUUUACUUGGUGUUUUCAAGUUCAAAAAGGGAGGUUUAAAUGAACACGAGACACCAACACUACAGUUUUCCCACUUCAGAAUCGUGUUCCUUGAAUGAUUCCAAUUAUCUCAACUACUCUUAAUAACUUAUGAAGACUGUUUAUUUCCUUCUGUAAAGAAUUACUGUACUUAUUAAUUUUGGUGAGGUGGGACAGAUGUUUGAAUUUCUAGCUCUUGGAGAUUUUGAAGGGUAGGGUGUGGCUUUAUAUUAAGGUGAAAGGACUUAUAUAAAGUGUAUUCUUACCUCCAACUGCAGGCACUACCUAUUACCAUUCAUUAAUGUUUGAUGACUCAGUAGUGCAUUUAAAGUAUGGUUCACUAUACAUUUUACAGCAUGUUUCAUGGGCAGCCAUUUGGAUUGAUUUCCAUAUGCAAUAAGAGUUGGGAACUUGGAUCACUGUCAUAAUAGAAUGCUGUAAGGUGAUUACUAAUAUUAAAAAUGUACCUAAAAUUAUAAAAAUA